AUGCAGGUGGCCAAGGAUGCCAGGGAAUUGCUCCCAUACAAGAUUGAUGAUUCUGCAAUGUCCUUAUGGCACGACAAUUUGAAGCUUUGCUUACCGACCCUUGGAGAAAACCUUGGAGAAAAGGGCUGCAGAUAUUACAAUAAGCUAUGUUUAAUAAAUUUCCAUGGAUCAAUUAAUGGCAACCACGUCAAGGCAAUAUACACAACAGGAGCUGGAGAUUCUUUUGUGGGAGCCCUUCAUGGCAUAAUCCAGGAUGAGCCUAAAUUGAAGGAGUGCUUAAAAUUUGCAUGUGCCUGUCGAGCAAUCAUAACGACUAAAAAGGGAGCCAUCCCACUCUCCCAACCAAGAAAGUAG